GAGGCAGGUGGUCCGAGCGCCGAUCGAGAUUCACGAGCUUUUUUAAUUCGUCGGUCUCCACCCGUCGGUGCGAAGAGGGGCUCUGAGAGAGCGCGUGGCGCUAGAUCUCGAUUUCUUCUUCGUAGCUCUCCGAGAUCUCCCGAACGCAUCCACCUUCCCUCGGGAAACCCUAGUUUUCCUUCGAUUCUCCAGUCCUUGGAUCGCUCCGAUGGCGAUCUCUCGACCGCUGGCGGUCCUCCCGUGGAUCGCGCUGGCGCUCGUGCUCUCCUCCAUCACCGGCGGCCACUGUUUCUACCUCCCCGGCGUCGCACCCGCGGAUUUCCAGAAGAAAGAUCCGCUUUAUGUGAAGGUGAACAAAUUAACUUCCAUAAAAACUCAGCUUCCGUACUCCUAUUAUUCACUACCUUACUGUAGACCAGAUACUGUAGUCGACAGUGCAGAGAAUCUUGGCGAAGUUCUUCGCGGUGAUCGUAUUGAAAACUCUCCCUAUGUGUUUGAGAUGAGAGAGCCGCACAUGUGUCAAAUUGUUUGCAAGAUUACACUCAAUGAAAAAGAUGCCAAGGACCUUAAGGAAAAGAUAGAGGAUGCCUAUGAGGUCAACAUGAUUCUUGAUAAUCUUCCACUAGUUGUUCCUAUAAAAAGGCUCGAUCAGGAUUCCCCUACAGUGUAUCAACAUGGGUUCCAUGUUGGUGUCAAAGGCCAAUAUACUGGGAGCAAGGAUGAAAAGUAUUUUAUCCACAAUCAUUUAUCUUUUGUAGUCAAGUAUCAUAGGGAUGCUCAGGUGGAUCUUGCAAGGAUCGUGGGAUUUGAGGUUAAGCCGUUCAGUGUUAAACAUGAGUAUGAAGGUGAAUGGAAUGGUGUUAAUACACGCCUGAGCACCUGUGAUCCCCAUGCCAAACGCUUGGUUGUGAAUUCUGAUUCUCCCCAAGAGGUUGAAGCAAACAAUGAGAUUGUAUUCACAUAUGAUGUCGCAUUUGAGGAGAGUGAAGUGAAAUGGGCAUCUCGAUGGGAUACCUAUCUUCUGAUGACUGAUGACCAAAUUCACUGGUUCUCCAUUGUCAAUUCAUUGAUGAUUGUACUCUUCCUUUCUGGGAUGGUGGCCAUGAUCAUGCUGCGAACCCUUUACCGGGAUAUUUCCAAGUACAACCAGCUGGAAACUCAAGAAGAAGCCCAAGAGGAGACAGGAUGGAAGCUUGUCCAUGGGGAUGUCUUCAGGCCCCCGGCAAAGUCAGACUUACUGUGUGUAUAUGUUGGCACAGGUGUUCAAUUCUUCGGUAUGCUUCUCGUAACCAUGAUGUUUGCUGUUUUUGGCUUCCUUUCUCCAUCAAACCGAGGAGGAUUGAUGACAGCCAUGCUUCUACUUUGGGUCUUCAUGGGUCUCUUCGCUGGAUACUCCUCUGCCCGUCUCUACAAGAUGUUUAAGGGUACAGAAUGGAAGACAAUCACCCUCAGGACAGCAUUCAUGUUCCCUGGCGUUGUCUUUGGUAUCUUUUUUGUCUUGAAUGCCCUUAUCUGGGGGCAGAAGUCCUCUGGUGCUGUGCCCUUCACCACAAUGUUUGCCCUUGUACUGCUGUGGUUUGGUAUCUCGGUGCCUCUUGUGUUUGUGGGCAGCUAUGUGGGUUUCAGGAAGCAAGCAAUCGAGGAUCCCGUGAAGACAAACAAAAUCCCCAGGCAGAUACCUGAACAGGCUUGGUACAUGAAUCCAAUUUUCUCAGUACUGAUAGGAGGCAUCCUUCCAUUUGGAGCUGUCUUCAUCGAGCUCUUCUUCAUCCUUACAUCCAUUUGGCUGCACCAAUUCUACUACAUAUUUGGGUUCCUCUUUCUCGUAUUUCUCAUCCUUAUUGUCACCUGUGCUGAGAUCACGAUCGUUCUGUGUUAUUUCCAGCUGUGCAGUGAGGAUUACUUGUGGUGGUGGAGGUCCUAUCUGACCUCCGGAUCUUCUGCACUAUAUCUCUUCCUCUAUGCGACCUUCUACUUCUUUACAAAGCUGGAGAUCACGAAGCCAGUCUCUGGCAUUUUGUACUUCGGUUACAUGCUAAUUGCCUCGUAUGCCUUUUUUGUACUGACUGGCACAAUUGGCUUCUAUGCGUGCUUCUGGUUCACGAGACUGAUCUACUCAUCUGUGAAGAUAGACUGACAGCUCGGUUAGACCAUAUGUGUUGUAUGCACAAGUGAUAUUCAUCACUGCAGGUUCCUACUUAAACUCUUCAAGAGUCAAGAAUCUGGCUUCAUUUUUGAAGUUUAAUGGCUGUUUGAUUUCAAUGUGAUUCUAGCGUGAGAAGGAAGUUAUAUCCACAGGUUCAGGUCCCUAGGAUGAAUAUUCCUUUAAUCAUUUCUGUAAUCUGUUAAUGUUAUUAAUGAUCAAGGAUGGCAGCUAGCGGUUUAAAGAAAAGUUCUUAUACAUUGUUGUUCUAUUUCAUGUGUUCUUUAUAUAAAUUUGGACAAGUUGUGCAAUGAUUUAUCUAUUAAUAGAAGUCUCUUGUUCUACGGU